AUGACUGAACAUUUAGCAUCUACAACAUUAGAUGAUAUAAUCAACGAAUUGAAAUUAUCUUAUGAUUCAUCAAAUGGCUUAUUAGAAGGCGAUCAUAUUCAUAAAAUACCAAAUUUAAAUACAUUAACAAACCUCAACAAACUAUUUAAAAAUUUAUAUAAACAAUUAAAUGAAAUAGAGAAAAUAGAUGAUGAUCUAUUAAAUUCAAUAUCGAAGAAACAUAAACUAGAAGAAGAAGAAUUAGUAGACAAACCACCCCCAAUUAAAAAAAUCAAAACUGAAGAAACUGAAUCUAAAGAGCAAGUUAACUCAAAGGAUGAUCCUAUUCCACCAGAACAAUUAGGCUCAUUUACACAUGAAAAUGAUACAAGAUUGAAAAACCCCAAAUCGGAAUAUGUUGAACCACAAGCAUUGUCAAAAGAAGCCAUAGCAGAACUAGGUUUAUAUUCAGAAGAGAAUAAUAAUCUUGAAACGCAAGGCAAGGACUAUUUGAAAAAGAAAUAUGGUGUUGCAUCUUAUCCCGAACAUGAUUUAUUAGAUUUAUUGCCUGGUACAAUCCCAAAUAUAGAUUUUUCAAAGAAUAAACCACCUACUAAUCAAGUACAAUUCACGACUUUCCAAUCAUAUAUUGAGUCAUAUUUCAGGCCAUUUUCAAAUGAAGAUUUGAAAUUUUUAAAUGAGAGAAAUGUUAUACCACCUGGAUUCGAAAAACAACUGUAUGAUCCGGAUUUAAAUCCAUUUAUAAUACCUAAGUUAGGUAAAUUUUAUGCUGAUGUAUGGGCAGAAGAAGAUUCUACAUUAUUAUCAAAAUUAAAUUCACCUGCUUUUCAACAACCACAAUUUGAUUCGUAUAAAGCCAAGGGGAAGUUAGAUGAAAUCAAUGAUUCAAAUCUAUAUUCUGAAGAUAUUUCAUGUGGUCCAUUAAGUAGUAGGUUAUUAUCAGCAUUAUUUAGUACUCAUGAGGUCGAAGAAGAAGAAAUGAAAGAUGAAGUAGCUGCUCAGAUAAAUUCAGAGGAGUAUAAAUUAAAUACCGAAGUUAAUGAUUUUCAAUCAUUGGAAGAACGAUUGAAAAGGGAACUUAAAUACAUUGGAAUAUUUAUGAAUUUACCGUCGACAGAUAAAAAACGACCCAAGAAGUCUUCUUCAAUCAUUGAUAAUGAAGAAUGGAUCAAAAAUAAAGAAGAUGAUGAAGUAUGUGCAGAAAUACGUACGCUUCAAAAAGAAUUAAAAGAAGUAGUGAGUCGAAAUCGAGCAAAUAAGCAAAAAUUAAUACCAUUAGUUGAAGAUCAAUUAGCCUAUCAAGAAUAUUGUGCAAUACUCGAAGAUUUAGAUAAACAAGUUGAUCAAGCUUAUAUGAAACGACUCAAGGGCAAAGGUAAAAAAAAGAAAACUAUUGAAAAUACAUUACCUACUCAAAAUCAACAAGCUAUAAAUAGUGGAAUGAGAGCAUUAUUGGAGAAGAGGAAACGUUGGAUUGAAAAUGUUGGGAAUUUGUUUCCACCUCCUGAACAAAUGAAAAGAGUGCCUCAUGAUUCUAAGUUGAUAACUGAAGGUACUGUAGAAGAAGAAGAAACUCCAAAUAGUAAUAACCUAUUUUGA